UUCCCAGAGCCUCGCCAACACAAAAGAAGAAAUAAAAACUCAAAAGAACUAUCCCAUGAACUCGGAACGAUGAGGAAUCAGGAUACGCAUAUCAGAUCAAGGGAGCAGCCAGCCACCAUCGUAUGUACUUAUACUAAGCUUACAUACGCAGCGCAUCGCCUCGCGUUAGAUUCCAGAUUGCCAGGACUAUCUCAUUUUCUACCUCCAUUUGAUCAUCUCAAACGUUCGAGUAAGCACACCAUUUCAAUGUAUCUCGUAUGGACAACGACCACAAGCCCUUUUAGAGCAAUAAACUACAAGCAGCGUAGCUUUCUCCCAAUCCCCCUAAAAAAGAGGCCAAAACCCGCAUUCUAUUUUCGUACACAACAAAGUACAUCAAUCUCCACCUCUCUCACCCUUCCCUUCCCCCCAAAAAUCACUAAGCCCCCCUCCCCGCACAACCCUCAAUCCCAAACCUACCAAGCUUAA